AUGGCGGCGGCAACGACAGAUAUUGCUCCGACUGAAAUCAAUCCACAUUUGGUUUUUAACCCUCAAAAGAAUCAAUUUCAAUGGAACAGUGACUUACACUGGACGAAAAAAUGAAUUUACUAGGGUAGCCAAAUUACAGCAAAUGUGUAGCAAAUACCACAUUUGCACAAUUUUGCGCAAGAGCAAAGACUGAUAUUGCACUAGAUUUGCUAUCCGUAGCAAUGACGGUAAAUGCCACAUUUGCACAACAUUUACAUCUUGGUGCAAAGAUAAUGGGCAGCCCUGGAUUUGAGGGUCAUUUGCAGAUGGUUCAAAUGUGUAGGGAAAUAUGUUUCUUUGAACUAUAUUUGCACAUUACGCAAAUGAUAGCGCAAAUCUGCUGUUUUGCGCAGCUUUUCCUUUAGAUGUAAAAGCAUGUAAACCUGUUAUUUUCAGAACGUUUACCCAGCUUUGCAAAUGUGAGCGAAGUAUCUCAUUUGAACAAUGUUUGCUUGGGUUACCAUGGGUGAUCAGAUUUUCAUAAUUGAACCAGAUUGCUUUGCACAGCAAAUGUAACCAAACUCUUUGUAUUAAACAUGUUUGCUCACGAAGCAAAUGUUAGCAAACCUAAAUUUUGAACAAAUUUUCUAGGGUGUGCAAAUUUGAUCAAACACAGAAUUUUGGUUGUAGCGGCAAAUGUGGUCAAAAGUCAAGUUUUGAACAAAGUUGCUUGGGCAGCAAAUCUGAUCAAACUGUUACUAUUGUACAAUUUUUCGCUCAGGUAGCAAAUGUAAUCAAAUUCUGACUUUAAUUUGGUUAGCAAAUGUCAUCAAACCCAUAAAAUUGAGCAUGUUUUCUCAAGUGGCAAAUGUAAAUUCCAAGGUUUAAACGAGUUUACUUGGGUUGUAGCAAAUGCGAUAAAAUUUUUAAAUUAUUUUUAAUUAUAACAUGGCUCACUUCAGGUUCUUAACAAGUGGCCAUAAUUAAUCUUGAAGUUUAUAGCUUCAAACAUUAAAGUUACUGAAAGAAAUUCUAGCAGUGACAUCCCAUUAAUGUUCAAAUGAUUUAUUCCAUAAACCAAAGUGGCUUACACAUUAUUACAGACUUUACAAACUACAGUAUACAGCUGUACAUACAGCUCUUCAUAUCAAGUUCGUUAAUGUUUACUUGUCUCCACUCUAUGCUCUAUCAGAUCAUUACUAACGAUUAAUAUGAUAAGAAAAGUGUUCUUCAUCUAAAUGUGUAAGAUAUUCUACAUACAGCUGUAGGUGUUUCAGAGUUGCCACAAACCUAUUUCAGUUGUUUAGGUUUUUGCAACUCAGAAACAGGUUAAAAAUCCUUUUACCCUUGGACCAAUAUUUACUUAUGACAAGACUAUUUCUUACUUAAACUUUUGUAUCUAAGGAAAAAAUCCUGUUCCAACUAAAUGGAACCCUCAAGACACCAUUUUAAUAAAUUAGUAUUUUUGUAUUUAUUGCUAUUUACAGAUUAAACAAAAUUUGAUUCUGGUGGCAUUUUUUUCUUUAGGCUCUAUUAGAAUGGAAGGCCUAAUUCUUGCUACCAAUUUACAAUUUUUGCUGGUAUAACAACUGGGUUAUAGCAUUUAGCAAACUAAGAAAUAGUUUAGGUACAUGUAGCUAUUCAAAUUUAGAUCAGACUUCUUUAACUCCAUUUUUGUUGCUAAUGGUUUCUGUAUAGUAUUGGAUAUGCUCUUAGAGGAAGUACCAGUCGGAGCUUCCAGUACUUGCCCUGUUCUAAGAAAAUUGAGGGUCAUUAAAGUAAUGACCAGCUGUAAGUAUUCCACAGCAUGUCAACAUUACCAUUUUCACUGUAGUUGGUCCCAAUGAAAGAAGCUAAUAAUUAUUUUAAACUCAGUAUACAUGUACAUGUAGUACAAAAGGUUGAUCUGGCUAGCCUGCAAAAUAACUACACUGCUGUCUCUCAUUACUCUUUUUCCUGAGUCAUGUUGCAAUCCUUUGCAAAAUUCCAUACUAAAUCAUGACAAAAAGCAGGGUGUACCUAAAUUUGUUUUGUUUUUUGUUCAAGUAGAUCAGUUGCAAUUGCUGUAAUCGGUAUACAUGUACUGUGAGGUGGUGCCAGCAGAACUCAAAUGCCUCCAGUUAAGCAAAUAGAUUUAAAAGAAACAUUUGUACAUUAAUUGGCCUUUUUAACCUGCUGACUGGUACAUUACUUGCAAACAAUAGCCAAAGGAUUCUAAUGAAAAAUUUAUCACAUCAACCAAUUUGAUCUACCUGCCACCAGAAUUCUCAGGACAAAUCAACACCAUCAGGAUUUGUACUCUUUACACAGAUUUAUCUUUUUCUAAAAAACAGUGUCAUAAACAGAGAGUGAUUAAAGGAUUACUGUAUUGGCAGAGCUACAUAUACAUGUACCUGUUAGUGUAAGUAUGACCAGUCAUAAAUAAUCUGGAAUUUCUUUAAGAGCAUUGGAUUAAAUUAUAUUUCCUUAUCACAAAGCAAAUUCAGGAGCAUUAUCUGGGGCCUCCUGCUCUGAGGAGAAGCCAUUCCUCCUUUCUAUUGUCAUUGAGUAAUGACAGGCUUACAUGUGACUGUUUUCAGUUUGCUUUACUGUUCAGCUAGGCAAAGAGGUUUUUACAGGCUAAGUUGUUGACUCCUCCAUGCUAGAGGCCUCCUGCAAAGCACUUUUAUCGGAUUUGUCAUCUCCUUGGUCUGUAUUGCCUUGCUCUGAAGACAUGUACUCCACAUUCAUACAAGCUUUAAACUUACAACAAUCCUUCUUGGAAAUAGAGGUUGACUGGAAAAGGGUUGUCUCUAGCUUUUUCUGCAACAAACAGAAAUUAUACAUAAUUGAGACCAUUAAUAUUGAAACUAAAGCUGUAGAUACUAUUGUCCUUUUCUGUCUAAAUAUUCCAGCCUUUUAUAAUUAUAGCAUAAAGGUUGCUUUUAAUAUUACAUGUAUUAUUACUGGCUGUAGUCACACUAGGUGACUAAACUUACUUAUUUCCUGAGUUAACUGAUAUCAAAAUUAACUAGUUUAAACAAAUAUUGCUGGCUCGUAACUUUCAUGUCUCAAAUCUAACCCCAAGCGGUCAUCAUAAUCCUGAUUACACUGUACCUGUUAAAACUAAGACCUUUGAGCAAAAACAAAACGAAAAAAUGAAUGCUAGAAACCCUUUUGUAACAAGACAAUUGACUCCAGGUAAAUCAUUGCAUUAAUUUUAUAGUGAGUGUCCCACUACAUCACUACCAUAACAACAUUAUUGACAUAUUACUUAAAACUUCAUGGACCUGCUUCUUCUGCAAUAUUGCCAUCACUUACAGUGUAUCUUGGGAACAAAAGUUUAAUUAUACUAUAAUUGCCUCAUAUGAGGGAAUCCAAGACAGUUUUAGAUUCUGGAUUCCACGCUGCGGAUUCCGGAACCUUUUUCAGUGGAUUACUUGGUUUCUGGAUUCCAAUUGUUUGACCCAUAUUUCAGGUUUCAAAGCUCAGAAUUUAGGAUUCCACAACAAAAAUUGCCCGAAUUCUGGAUUCCAUAAGCAAAAAUUUCCUGGAUUCCAGAAUCCCUUACAUGGGGUGAUCAUAAAAAAGAAUCAGUGAAAGCAGGGUACCAUGAUCUAAAUUCUAGCUACUCUAUGUUUUCAGCACCAUGGCAGUCACUGCCUUUACUCCCCUUUUAAAUUUUGGAAAAGCCUUUGGAGAAAGUAGGCACUAGAGGAUAAGGUUAUUUUUGGCCUUAGAGGGGAAUUAACACUUGCUUCAAUUCUUAUUAAAUUUUCCAAGACCAUUUAUCUGAAGAGAACAACCAAAUAAAAGAUUACAGUAUUUUUUACAACAACAGGACAAAUAAAGUUUCAGGAGUGGAGGUGAGUCCUUGUUGAUUACUGAAUAUUGGGAAUGCAAAUGUAAGUAUUAUCAAAUAGCAUCAUUAUGGCUUAACAGUAACAAUGAACAUUACUUUCUUAUACUUACUGAGCAUUUCUUUUACUCCCGAUAAUUUAGUUGCCCCCUCAGCAUUUGUUUGUCCUUGCAUUUCUGCUAACAGCAACGAUUCACCGAAGUCUAUGUACUAAGUACUCACGGCUGCUUUUCUUGGAUCCACUCGUUACUACUUGAUCGUCGCCGAUGGAGCUAUCUAGAUGUCUUUCAUGGUGGAUAAGUGCAAUUUCGUUUUCGUCGAACGGUCUAUAAGUAUGCAGUUCCCUCGAGUUCGAGCGAUUAUUUUUAUAAGUUCUUCGAGGACACAUUCGUUCGAUAAAUUCGAACAAAUAAGACUGACCGAUUCCUCCAUACUCGACAGUCAACCCCACAAAGAAGGAAAAUUCGAAACCUCUUGAUAAAUAUGGUGUCAAACGUAUGAAGUAAAAGCUGAUGGCAAAUCGAUGGCAAUGGAACGUCGUAACGGUCGACGAACUUUGGGCGCAAUUUCAAUUGUUGUGCCUCGUUCUCGAACGGUUAUGCAGACUGUCGCUGACCAGCACCACUGAGGCGCAAGUGUUGGGAAAUCGGGCGCGCGGUCUUUUGACGAUUUGGCGGGAGGAAGAGAUUGCCUAUGUUGCUGGAUUUUUUCUCAAGGAUAUUCGAAAUUUAAAAGGUAAAGUCGAUGUAUUUUGCUUUGUAUAUCGUGCUUCUACUGCCACAUCUAUGUUAUAACCGGGAAUAAACUACAUUUGUAUCCAUAUUUACAUUUGUAGCAUUUAUGUGCACGCGUGUCGCGUGCGUAUUGCAGUGAUCCAGCUGAAAAAAGCCUCGUUGAAAAAUUUAAGUGGUGUUAAGUCAGCAAAAUAUGUAAUUAUGCAAUGUUAAAAUGCUAAUUUAUUGGUAUUUGGCAGAAGUAGCUCAAGAUUAAUUGCUUGAGUAAUUCAUACUACCUCUGGCGCUAUAUUGACAUAUUGAGCGUAUACAUGUACAUGUACCAUUGAUUUUGACAGGGGUAGGGUGGAGCCUUUAUUUUAUAUGCGUUACUGUCAUUUUUUCCUGUUUUGUUUUGUCAUGUUUUCAUAUACGAGGUUGUUUUGUUUAUAAUAGUUUAUAAUGCUACAGCUGUACAUGUAAGCUGAGUCCAAAGGUCGAAAAUGCUAAAAUGUGCCAGAUGUGUAUUUAUAAUGUUCAUAAAGUUAAUGGCAACACAAGUAACACAAUUCAUUUAAUUUCACAAUAUUAUCAAUAAAGGUAGAAUUUCCAGUUAUAUUUAGUGGGUUUAGUGACUUUUUUGUACAUUUGUUUCAGAUUUUUCCUUGAGUGGUACAGGCGUUAGUUCCAAUGUUCUUGAAAUUGAGUUGCAUCACCUGAACUCUCCAAAAGAUAAAGAGGUCAAUGAAAUACAGGUUCAACAUGGGGAAGCUGUUUGUGGUCUGUGCAUGAAGAAAUGCUACAGGGGUAUUCCAGUGGGUCUCAAUUUAUUUACAGUAAUCAUUUUUUCCUCUUCACAAGAUAACAGAAGUGAAGCUUAUAUACUGAAUGCUCCCAUCCAUGAAUACCCCAUCUGUUUGGGGUAAAUGUCACAAAAAAGAAACCUCACGUGUACUUCCUUGUGUUAUAUUUUUACCAUCUUUACAAUAUUAUUUUUCUUGUACUUUGUGUCGUGCCCUGCUAAGUAAAUCCAUGUCCCUUUCACAGUGUUCUGUGGGGAACAUAAUGUACUGAAAUUGUGUGAAGCUAUAGAACAUUUGCACUCAUAGAGGUUUCCCCACAGAGAUAUAAAGAGUGACAACAUUAUUCUUACAGAGGUAAACAAUAUGUACCACCCAAUGCUCAUUGAUUUUGGAGAGGCUAUCUUGCUAUCGGAUGCCCCUUCAAAACAGCAGUCCAUGACUGCUCACUAGCACUGACAUAUAGCUUCAGAAAUAUGCCUCAGAUAUCAUGUUUUCACUUGGCGUUAAUAAGUCAUGGCAAAAGUUAGUGGCAAAGUGAAAGCAGAAAGUCAUUUUGUGGAAGGGCAAAGAAAAUGCCUUCAGACAGAUCCAAAGUUGAGAUUUACUAUUUCAUGUCUUCUGUCACUGCUCAAAACAAAUUUUUAGCUGGAACCUUUUUUCUGUCCAGCAAUUAUGAAAUAUCAUAUUCCUAUUUAAAAAGGAAAAUCAAAAAGUUAUCUUACUGUGUGAAUUCCUGUACUAAAUAAAUCUAUUAAAAUUCGACUCAUUUAGUGAAAAGGGUAUAAUAAUAUUGAAGGUGUAAACCCAGUUGGUCUAAGAAGUUUAGGUUUAAGUGAAGAAAUGCACCAUGUUAAUGUUGUUGAGUGAAGGCUGAUAUAAAUCUCGCCAGUCUGUUUGAGCAGUUUAAAAAGACAAAUCAUAUUGAACUCAAAAUCAGGGUUGUAAAGAGCAGCAAAGAAAUUAUUCGUUCAUGUCUGUGCCAAGUUUCUAUUCACAAAUUAUAUGAAAUACAAAGCAAUUUCAACAUUUGUUGUAGUAUUGGCCGUUGGGCUUUCAAAAUGUGGUCAUUUUUAGGAGGUUCACUAUCAAGAUGUGGUCAUCUCUAGGUAAAGUCAGUGAAAACUAGAACAAAUAGCGGUAAGAACAAAAUUGUCAGUUUUGAAGUGAAGUUCCUUGAAUAAAUGGCCAUGAGGAAAUUGUGUACAAGUGAAUAAUCUCAACCCUUACUUUGAAAUGCACAGAACUUUUUUUUUUUUGGACCAAAUUUAAGGUACUGUGGGUGGCCUUGUUAUUGUCAGCUUUUUAAUAAUAAUAUUAUGAUGUAGAAAAAAAUACAGUAAAUGAUCUGACUACUGGACCUUUGUCCAGUAGAUUUGUUGUGGUGUAUUUACUUUAUGUAAAGGGGAGGUAGUGUGGGCCCUCUGUAACUGUAUACAACAGUUACUGUGUCAUUUUGAAUUUUUAGUUUUAGUAAUUGGAGAUCCCUGCCCAUUGUUGGACCCUAGGCUUUACUAUUAUCAAAUGACAGAAGAGGAAUGCAACACAUGCCAAGGUUAUGUACCAUUGACUCACUUCGAAGUGGUUAUGUGAUUUAGAAUUGGAACCAAAAAAGACCAGGGCCCAGUUGUUGCAAAGACCGAUUAGCACUAAACCAGGGUUAGAUUUUAACCCGCGUUUCUUUUUCCUUUUAAUCAAAAGCAUUUUGUCAGAUAAUCUUCUCUUUUCUUUUUUAUGUAUCAAAUCACCAAAUUGUAGACAAAAGGAAUUCAAAUGAAUUUGUUUUUAUAACUUUCAUAUCUGAAUUCAUAUUUCGUACUAACCUUGGGUUAUCUUAACCCAACUUUGAACAACCCAGCCUGGAAGGAUAAAUGCUGCAUGUUAAUUUGUUUCACCGCCUUAGUUUUUUCUUUAUGGCUUUAAACUUUUCAUGAUCCAAGGCCAACUCAGAGCUUCUGUAACCCAAUAGGGGUCUGUUCAUUUUUUAUGGGGGGUGGAGGGGGGAGGCUUUAUCAGGUGGGAUUUGACUGGUAGCUCCUAUAUAUGAAGACCCUCUCUUCAUCAGAAAUUUUUUUGGGAAGCCGCAACCCCGCUCCUUGUACCCCAAGAUCAAAUAACCAGGAUUCAGGUGAAUUUUAGCCAGCAAAAAUGCUAUGACUUUUUGGAUUGAAUGGGUAGUACUUAAUGAACAGUAAAACUCAAAUCAACAUUAAAAUCAGUGAAACUCAAACUCAGGGUUACAAACAACAGAGUAAGAAAAAUUAGCCUUUCAUAAAUUUGUCAGCUGAGUUAAUGUUCAAAUAAAAUUGUGAGCAGUUUCACCAUAUUUUGUUGUAGUAUUGACUGUUGGGCUAUCAAAAUGUGGUCAUUUUUAGGAAGCCCGCCAUCGAGAUGUGGUCAUCUCUAGGUGGGCAGUCAAAACUACAACAAAUACCGCUUAAACUAAAAUUGUUGGUUUUAAUUUGAAUUAGUUUGUUGGUUAAAUGGCCAUGAGGAAAAUUAUGUACAAGUGAAUAAUCACAACCCUGAGUUUGAAAUCCACAAAACUUUUUAUUUUGGACCAAAUUUGAUUUUUUAGUAUGAUGUACAAAAAAUACAGUAAAUGAUCUGACUACUGGACCUUUGUCCAGUAGAUUUGUUGUAGUGCAUUUACUUGUAUAAUAAAGGGGAGGUAGUGUGGGCCCUCGAUCUGUACGGUAUAGAACAGUUACUGUGUGAUUUUGAAUUUCUAGUUUUAGUACUUGGACAUUCUUGCCCAUCCUUGACCCUAGGCUUUAUUAUUAUCAAAGGACAGAAGAGGAAUGCAACACAUUCCCAGGUUGUGUACCAUUGACUCACUUCAAAGUAGUUAUGUGAUUUAAAAUUACUGGACCCUAAAAAAGACCGGGGCCCAGUUGUUCCAAAGACCGAUUAGCACUAACCCAGGGUUAGAUUUUAACCUGCGUUUCCUUUUCCUUUUAAUCAAAAGCAUUUUGUCAGAUAAUUUUCUCUUUUCUUUUUUAAGUAUCCAGUCACCAAAUUGUAGACAACAGUAAUUCAAAUCAAUUUGUUUUUGAAACUUUCAUAUCUGAAUUCAUAUUUCGUACUAACCUUGGGUUAUCUUAACCCAGCUUUGAACAACCCAGCCUGGAAGGAUAAAUUCUGCAUGUUAAUCUGUUCACCACCUUAUUUUUUUCUUUAUAGCUUUAAACUUUUCAUGAUCCAAGGCCAACUCAGAACUCCUGUAACCCAAUAGGGGUCUGUUCAUUUUUUAUGGGGAGGGGAUGGGGGGGGAGGCUUUGUCGGGUGGGAUUUGACCAGUAGCUCCUGUAUAUGAAGACCCUCUCUUCAUCAGAAUUUUUUGGGAUGCCACAACCACGCUUCUUGUAUCCCAAGAUCAAAUAACCAGGAUUCAGGUGAAUUUUAGCCAGCAAAAAUGCUAUGACUGUUUUGGAUUGAAUGGAUAGUACUUAAUGAACAGUAAAACUCAAAAUCAACAAUAAAAUCAGUGAAACUCAAACUCAGGGUUGCAAACAACAGAGUAAGAAAAAUUAGCCUUUCAUAAAUUUGUCGGCUGAGUUAAUGUUCAAAUAAAAUUGUGAGCAGUUUCACCAUAUUUUGUUGUAGUAUUGACUGUUGGGCUAUCAAAAUGUGGUCAUUUUUAGGAAGCCUGCCAUCGAGAUGUGGUCAUCUCUAGGUGGGCAGUCAAAACUACAACAAAAACUGGUUAAACUAAAAUUGUUGGUAUUAGUUUGAAUUAAGUUUGUUGGUUAAAUGGCCAUGAGGAAAUUAUGUACAAAUGAAUAAUCACAACCCUGAGUUUGAAAUCCACAAAACUUUUUAUUUUGGACCAAAUUUGAUUCGUUCUGUAAAAAGACUAACGGAAGAAAUUUGUGACUGUAAAAUUGUCAAAAAAAUUAACUGGUUUCUGAUUCCUUUAAAUUAAGAUGACAGUGCAUAUAAAACAGUUAACAGGAAAGAUGCAUGUAAGGGGUUGGACCUCUGGGCGGAGUCUCACAGCGUGUACAAAAUUUUAUUGUAACAAUGUAAUGUUACAGUUGAGAUUGGAAAUUUACUUUAGUCACAAAACGAAUCAAACAUAUGGGAAAUGUCACAUGCACAUCACCUUUGACUGUCAGCAAAUGAUAUGCAGUUCACUAUAUUUGCUCCCCUUGCAAAUAUGGAUAAUUAUGAUACAAAUGUUCAAAUUUAUGAUACAGCCAAAUGUCUAGAAAUUUAUUGUUUUUGCUCUUAAGGCAAAUACCAAUAAAUCACAUGCAAAAGUGUUCUUUUGGUAUCCUGGAAAAACAAGAGCAAACACCUCUGCAAAUUAGGGGUUUUGCAAUAUUUUUGCCUGCAUUUGAAGUACAGUGAAAACUGUCAUUUUUGCCAAGGAUGUAAAUUUGAGUAAAUUGGUAGAAAUGUUGAAGAUUUGCCGAUGCUGCAAAUAUGUAUCAAAUUUGUAUCAAACCAUUACAUUUACUUGACUUUUGCGUAUCAAUACCUAUCUAGCAAAUAUAUGUAUUUGCCCACACUUUGGCCGACAGCGCAAAUGUAAUGCAAAUUUGGAGCUCCAAAUUUACCACAUAUUUGCACCUUUCGCAAACAUUAGUAAAUCCGUUUUUUCGUCCAGUGUUAAAAACUUUACGAGACUUCUGGAUCGCUGAACUGGAAGGAGGAGAUGAGAAUAAUUUAGUGACCGUAAACUCCAACGGUAACACAGAGGUGUUAAAGUUUGAAUCGGUAACCGUUAACUUCUAUUCCUCCACAAAAACUUUACAAGUGCAAGGCUCACAAAAGGAUCAGUGUGUAAAAAAGCUUCGGAAUAUUGCCGAAAAAGGAACUAAAUCUCAAGAUACUCUGAUCGAAGUAACGCCUAACAGUAGAAGUGCUGAGAUUACUGAACCAGUGUUGAAUUUGAAACCAACAAGUGAUCACGAUGACCGU